GAAAGUGGAGAUUGCAGCCUUGGUGGGAGGGAUUCUUGCAGCAGAAGCAGGGCGACGUGUAAGAAGUCAGAGCACAAACUUUCCAGGAGCACCGAUCCAUCUUAGACACCUGAUGAGCAUCCCACUAAAACGAUCCGAGUCCAACUGAAGGACGCUUAUAUUAACUUGACUGUUAGGUGCAACAGGGUCUUCCUAUAAGAGGAGCAAAUUAGUUAUUGGACGUGGAGAUAUGGGGCUACCUUUUUGGUGCAGGUGUUUCCUUUUGCUGUGUUUGACAGCUGUUCAUGGCCAUGCUGCAGUUCAGACCUGCAUGGAUAAACAUCAAGUGGUUGGGGUGUUGCGACAGAUGGAGAAGUUUCUGAAAGGCCAAGAGGUUCGAUUCACCGAGGGCUUCCGGAUCAUGAAGUCAAAACUGGCAACGCUACAAAAUUCUGUCUCCAAGUUGCCUCAAGCGGAUCAGUCAGCUGCUCCCGCCACCUGUCGGCCUCUGGAUGAACUGGAGCACGGGACAAAGUUUGGAUCCAAACACCUGGCUGGACAUGAGGUGCAUUUUGCUUGCUCGCAGGGCUACCACCUCGUGGGUUCAGCUACACGUGUGUGCCAAGACAAUGGCACAUGGAGCGGUGUGGACGCCGUCUGUAAAGACGUCAGCGAAUGUGCAAGUAACCCCUGCCAAAAUGGAGGUACCUGCGUGGAAGGUGUCAAUCAAUACAAAUGCACCUGCUCACAGAGCUGGAGUGGUUCUCACUGCCAGCACCACACUCAGACGGCUCCUCCCGAGUGGAGCGUAAUGAAUGACCCAGCGUUCAGCCGAAAACCUCGCUGCGCCCAGGUGAACCGGGCCCAACACUGCAGUUGUGAUGCAGGCUUCCACAUGAGUGGAACAUCUGAUAACAGCAUCUGCCAAGAUGUCAAUGAGUGUGAAGUCUACCGUCUGGACCAGGGAGGGACUUUAUGCGUCCAUGAGUGUGUCAACAUCCCGGGCUCAUACCACUGCUCCUGUCCCAGUGGCUAUAAGUUGCUCUCAGAUGGGCGGAGCUGUGAGGAUGUGGACGAAUGUUUAAACCAGCAGCACAACUGUAGCCGAGGAACAACAUGUAUCAACACUGGGGGAGGCUUUCAGUGCGUCAACCCAGACUGUCCUCGUUCCCAUGGCAACAUCAGCUACGUUAAAACAUCACCCCUUCAGUGUGAGAGGAAUCCCUGCCCCAUGGAAAGCCGUUCUUGCCACCUCGCUCCAAAGACCGUCUCGUUCCACUACCUCUCCCUUCCCUCCAACGUACAGACCCCCGCCACCCUUUUCCGUAUGGCCACCGCCGGGGCCCCCGGGCGCGCAGGGCCCGACAGCCUGCGCUUUGGCAUUGUUGGAGGAAACUCCCGGGGUACCUUUGUCAUGCAACGCUCAGACAGACAAACCGGCGAGCUGAUCCUGGUUCAGCAGCUGCGCGGGCCGCAGGAGAUCAACGUGGACGUAGACAUGUCGGAAUAUGCCGACCGCACUUUCCAAGCUAAGCAUGUGGCCAGAGUCCAUGUUCUAGUGUCACCCUACAACUUCUGAGGAGACGAGGAGGAACCGAUCGUACUGCCCACCUUCAUUCCAUUGCGGCCGGUCGCAGGACAGAGGGUGAUUCACUCUAAGAUUUUCUAGUUAAAGUACUCAAACGACUGUGCAGUAAAAAUAUGGCAGCAGUAAAAUGUCACUCAGUGACAAAGCACAGACAUCCAUUGGGGCCAAAAAAACUACAUUGAGGCAACAUAAAAUUGUACAUCCACAAAUAUUCCCAUUUGUUUUGCAGCGACUGCUCUCUCAAGACGAACAGAAAAUUGAAGAACAGACCCCAAAUUCAGAUUUGCAUUUUUAAAAACUUGUGGACACUUUCCAGAGGAACAUAUUUUUUAAAAUAUUCAUUUGGAAGAGCAGGACACUUUCCAUGGCACUAAAUGCAAAUUGGGUAUCAACCGGAAAAUUUGGGUAAUUCUUCUUUCAAACGUUAACACAUGCAGGAAUAUAUUUGCUGGAGUGGAACGGAAUCCUUGUAGCUCCAAAAUCAUCACUGUUCAGGAGUAAAAAUUACACAAUUUGGAAAAUUGUGACAUGGAAAAUAUCAAAUUCCUUAACCAGAGAGCAUAACUUUUGACAAUAACACUACUGUCCUGUCCCCCCGUGUUUUAACGAUGAUUUACUCACUACUAGACACAUGGACACCUAUAAAGUUAGUGUAUAUUUUGGAUAUUUUAUUACUGGUUCUUGCAUUAACUUCCAUCACAUACUGUAUAUACACACUAUUCAAUCUUUCUUUUAUUUUUGUGGGGAGUGGAAAGUGGAUAAUCAACAGUAGCAGGAGAUUUCAUAUACCACACUUGAUACAUCAUGUAUUUUUGAGGAUGAUAACAACUGGAUGAGUUUAAAUAUUGUCUCUACAUAAAUAAAAUAAACUCAGUAUAACAUCUCA